AUGUACUGUCCCACGCUGGUGCUAUUGGUCCUCUUGUCCGCCUGUCUCACGCCGUUAUUAGCAAAGACUCACCGUUUCAACUGGAAUAUAGGCUAUGUCGACGCUAACCCCGAUGGGGUCUUUCCAAGACGAAUGAUUGGAAUCAACGGCGAGUGGCCUAAUCCGAUAGUCAGAGUCAAGAGGAAUGACCGGGUGGUUAUAAACUUUCACAAUGGACUACCUGACCGCAAUUCGUCCUUGCAUUUCCACGGACUUUUCAUGAAAGGUCAGAAUGGGCAGGAUGGACCUGAAAUGGUGACGCAGUGUCCCAUUGGGCCUCUGGUUAACUUUACAUAUGACUUCACAAUUGGCAACCAAACCGGCACAUACUGGUACCAUUCCCAUAGCGGCAGCCAGUACGGCGACGGCUUGAGAGGGAUGUUUGUCAUCGAAAAAGACGAUGAGGAGAGUGUGCCGUAUGUCUAUGACGAGGAAGUGGCGUUAUCCGUGUCGGAGCAUUACCAUUUGGAGACACCCGUGAUAAUGAAGCUGUUCAUGUCGCGGUUCAACCCCACGGGUGCCGAGCCCAUUCCGCAGAAUAGCUUGUUCAAUGAGACAAAGAAUGCCACUUGGAACGUGGUUCCGGACAGGACGUACUUGCUUCGUGUGGUCAACAUGGGCUUGUUUGUGUCGCAGUAUUUGUUCAUUGAAGACCACGAUUUGGUCAUUGUGGAGGUUGAUGGGGUGCCCGUGCAACCAUACACGGUGGACUCGCUAUACAUCACUGUUGGCCAACGGUAUGCUGUUCUUGUAAAGACCAAGCCGGGUGCAAACAGGAACUACCGGUUUGCCAACGUGUUGGAUAUGACCAUGUUGGAUGAGGUGCCCGAGGACUUGCAGUUGGUGUCGACAAACUAUGUUGUGUACAAUGACAAAGUCGACAACCCGGGACACUAUCCGUACCACGAUUUCGAGGAGACUGUUGGCCAACUAAAAGGGUUUAAUGAUUUCGAACUUGUGCCUCUCAGUGGCGAGAGGCUCUUGCCCGAGCCGGACAUGACCAUCCAGGUCAACUUUUCAAUGGAGGUCUUGGGCGACGGUGUCACUUAUGCCUUGUUCAACGGCAAGUCGUAUACUCCACCAAAGGUGCCCACUUUGUACACCGUCUUGUCAAGUGGCGAGCUAGCUGCAAACCAAGAAAUAUACGGGACAAACACCAACGCGUAUGUCUUGCACGGAGGCGAGGUGAUUGAACUAGUGUUGAACAACCAGGACGACGGCAAGCACCCGUUUCACUUGCACGGACACAACUUUCAGGUUAUUGCGCGUAGUGAAAAUGACCCUGAAGAACCAGUGGUUUACGUUCCAGACCAUAGGGGCCUGUUGCAGUUUCCCAAAGUUCCAGUCAUUAGGGAUACAAUUGAAGUGCGUCCCAAUGGAUACUUCGUGCUUCGAUUUGUGGCGGAGAACCCUGGGGUGUGGUUCUUCCACUGUCACGUGGACUGGCAUUUGGAGCAAGGCUUGGCUUUGGUCUUGGUUGAGGAUCCGCAUGAGAUACAGAAACUUCAGGGAAACAUAAGCGAUAACCACGCAAAGGCGUGCAAGGAAGUUCAGGUACCGACACAGGGUAACGCUGCCGGACACAUGAGCUUCCUUGAUUUAAGAGGUCAGAACUUGCAACAACCACCGUUACCAAACGGGUUCACCGGGAAGGGAUAUCUCGCCAUGGCGGUGUGCACAUCGAUUGCAUUGUACGGGCUAGGGUCGAUUUACAAUUACGGAAUAGAAGACGUUUCGCAAGAUAAUUCUGCUGCUGUGUUUGAGACGUUGCGUGCGAUACUUAAUGAGCAUGACGGUGAAUAA